ACUCGAAGUGUCUGCACAAGUCCCUGCAGACUGGGAGCCCUGCAUGCGGCACCCUAUGAGCAAGCGAAAAUGGAUGAAGCACCAAGGGAAAGAAAAAAAAAAAAGGGUUGGGACACACCCCAUUGCAAGCACUACAAGGAUUGCAAUAAAUAAACUCAUCAAGUCUUUUGCUGGGAUGCAGCAUUUCCCUGAAAGCCUUAAGUUAUGAAAAAGAAGCCAAAAAAAGAGAAUGCUUUGUAUGAAGACAGAGGAAGGGCAACACCAAAGAAUAAAGGAAGGUCACACAGAGAUGGACUAGUGGCUGGUUUUCACCCUAAAGUCUCGGGUAGGACUGUCUGGCUGAGAAAUUCCCUCCAGAUGCUCAGGGUUCAGCUUCAGGGUUCUCCACAACAGGAGGACCUUGGCAUGAGGGUGAAGACCUCAGCUUAACAGAGGGAGGCAUCCAGGGCCUGGCACAAGCCAACAUGAACACUGCAAGCAGAACCUGCAGCCACCUCGACUCUAAAGCAGAGAUCGGUGCACAGCACUGACCCUGCUGGUGGUUCCGUGACAGCCGUUGGCGUCCGUGACGUCACCGGAUGUCACGCCUCCUAUCUUCCGUCUUCAGAAAGCUGAGGCUGUGAGGACUUCGAUCUGAGGCACAGAAUUUUCUCAGUAGCAGAAGGAGUCUCAGGUGCUACCACGUGUCAGGUGGUGAUUACAUUUACCCUCCUUCCUAUCCGCUGUCUACUGCCACAAGGGUCAUCAUGCCUUGGCAUCAGAAAAAAAAAAAUCUACAAUACUCAUAUGAUCAGUGCCCUCAGACCCACAGUAAGACCCAUGGUCUGGAGGUUGCACAGGUAUCCAAGGCUCUGGAGGAGACCCAUUUCUCUUCUCAUCCUCUGAUGCUUGGCAAUUUGAAGGAGGAUCCUGAUGCUGGUAUACUCAGCAUUCCUAAGGGUCCCCAGAGUUUCUGCUCCUCUGCCAGCACAGCAACCUCAUCCACCGAAUUGGAUGAGGGAUCCAUGAGCCAAGAAGAGGAUAGCCCAGGCACCUCACAAGCUGCACCAGACACCGAGAAUGUGCUCAUAGAUGAUCUAGAUGAUAAAGUGGUUAUGUUGAUGAUUUUCCUACUGCUCAAGUAUCAGAUGCAAGAGCCAAUAACCGAGGAAGAGAUGUUGAAGAUUGUCGACAAUUGCCAAGCCCACUUCCCUGAGAUCCUCAUGAGAACCUCUGAGCACAUGGAGAUCAUCUUUGGCCUUGAUCUGAAGGAAGUGGAUCCUGCCAACCACCGCUAUGACCUCCUCAUCAAAUUGGGCCUCACCUAUGAUGGGAUGCUGCAUGGUGAAGUGGGCAUGCCCAAAACCGGCAUCCUCCUGCUUAUCCUGGGUGUGAUCUUCAUGAAGGGCAACUGUGCCACUGAAGAUGAAGUCUGGGAAGUUUUGAGUGUGAUUGGGGUAUAUUCUGGAAGGAAGCACUUAAUCCUUGGGGAGCCCAGGAAGCUCAUCACUGAAGAUUUUGUGAAAGAAAAAUACCUGGAGUACCGGCAGGUGGCCAACACUGAUCCUGCCCAGUUUGAGUUCCUGUGGGGCCCCAGAGCCCAUGCUGAAACCACCAAGAUGAAGGUCCUGGAGUUUCUGGCCAAGGUUCAUGGGAUUGACCCAAGUUCUUUCCCAUCUCAGUAUGAGGAGGCUUUGCAAGAUGAAGAAGAGCGAGCCUAAGCCAGAACUUCAGGCAGAGCUGUCUCUCCUUCCGUGGCCAGUGCAAGUUCUAGUGCAAAGGCUAGGAGCUUCUCUCAUACCUAGGGGAGUCAGGGAUAGUUUCUUCAUGCAUUGUUGAAAGAGUUAGUGUUUUUAGAAUUAAGGUCUGAAAUAGGGCUGAAAGGAAGAUUAUAUGCCUGUGUUUUCCUAUUUUAUAUAAUAUGUAACUUGAAAUUCUAUUUGAUGUAUUAUUCACAUAUUCCUUUUAAUAUAAAUUGCCUUCAAAAAUAUUCAGGUUUAUGCACGCUAUUGGUCAUAUAUUGAAUCCUCUAAUGAGUUUUAAUAGUACGAAUUUUGUAAAACAAAUUGUGAAACCAUCUUUUUUUGUCAUCUCGAAUAAGAAAACAUGGCAUAUCUAUAGCCAUUUACUAGAAAUGUGAAAAAAAUCAGCUUUAAUAUAGUUGGGUUCAAGAAAUAGAGAACAUAUUAAAGAUUUUCAGUCUACGGCCCUCAUUUUAGUUUAUAAAAUUAAAUGAUAUAUGCUUAAGUUUACUUAACCGUUUAUGAAUAUAUAAGAAAUAAAUUUCAAUAAAU